AUGUUUGAAGAAGAGGACUCGAAGUGCAGGUUGCCGCGUGCGGCUGACUUGAUCGUGGCACGGAGUGAUGAAGAGGCAAAAGUUGCAGCCGAUGCAACGGCGCCCGCUGCACUUUUGGAGGACGAAGAUGGUGACGUGGCGCAUGUGUUUCUGGAGGAACCGGUCAAAGCCUGGGACGAGGCUCUUAGCGAGGUGCCUCGAGAGAAGCUGAAGUCUCACGAGGUGGUGAAGGAAAGAAAGAGAGGAGGCUUCAGUGUCUCCAUGGACAGGCCUCGUGAGCAAGGGGCUCCAGCACCGCCAGCGCCGGCACCUGUCAGAGCAGACGCAAAGGCAGAGGGAGCCGCAACUGCUGAAGGAAUCUUCAAGAAUUUCGGCAGCAACCGUGCUGAAGCUUUGCGCGCGCAGAAACAAGAGGCCGUCGACAGGCAGAAGGCACAAGCCGAUUUCUUUGCCAGAUUUUCGUCUGAGGGUGAUGGUCUGUCUGAGCAAAGGGAGGAGGACGACGACUUGCAGCGGAGGCUUGCCCGACUAAAGGCAAGACAGGCGGAGGAAGACAAGGACCUUGAAGAGAGCAAGGCCGAACACUUAGAUGAAAGUGUCGAGGAACGAAAGCAGGAAGAGGCGCGACUGCGAGCAGAGAUGAUGAAAAGCAGAGCACAGAGAUUAGCAGCGAAGCGCAAGGAGCGGCAGCAAGUGGAGCAACAAGGGGAAAGGCUCGAGGAUGAAACGAGGCGCGGCGAAGAAGAGAGGUUAGAGGCGCAAAGGCGGCGAGAGGAGGAAGAGCGCGUGGAAGCAGAACGGCGAAAGGCCGAAGAGGAACGACUAGAGAUGGAGAGGAAGCAGGAGCAAGAGAAGCUGGAAGAGCAAAGGAGGCGCGGCGAAGAAGAGAGGUUAGAGGCGCAAAGGCGGCGAGAGGAGGAAGAGCGCUUGGAAGCAGAACGGCGAAAGGCCGAAGAGGAGCAAGAGAAGCUGGAAGAGGUGUCUGCCAAAGAGGCUCUUCAGGACAAGACCAUGCAGGCCGCACCGCGACGACGUCGAGGUGGCUUCAGCUCGGUGGCCUCGAAGACGGAGCCGGAGCUUGCAGCUCCAACCUCCACUCCCGCUCUGGCUCCGGCCAUGCCGAGGCCUGAGCAGAUCAAGAAGCAGGACUUCUCUGGCAUACCGGCCGAGGAACUGCUGCCUACUCCGGCACGGCAAGCUGCACGCCUGCAGAGCGAGAAGUCGGAGGAGAGUGCAGACAUUCCAUCCAUGGAGGCCUUGCUUGCCAUGCUGGGCGAACACCCGCCUGAAGAUGCAGCUCGCGAGGAGCCGCAGUCGUCAACGAUCAAUGAACCCGAGCCGCCCCAGUCGGUGCAGGAGAAGCCGACGUCGCGCCGACGCCGAGGAGGAUUCACUUCUGCGAUCGGUGCUGGGCCAGCAGCCGCGCAGGCGCAGACGGGAUCCGCGACACUGCGGGAGAGCGAGCAGGAAGUCCCUGCAACAGAUGAUGUUCCGUCCAUGGAGGCCCUGCUAGCCAUGUUGGACGAGGAUCGCGCUGGAUGA